UUGAACGCAUGUAUUAAAUGUCAAACAUUUCGUUGACAAACAAACAGUGCGAUCAUCACAUCAACAAAAUUUUUCAAAUAAUUUCAUUGUUUUCAACACAAAAAAAAACUUAUCCCGUCAACGGUGACGACUUCUCCGCAACCAUUGGAAAUCAUUCAACCACAUAAGCCGGCACAAAACUUUGGUUUACAUACAAAGUCGCAUCGUAAGCAACGCAAUGAAUUCAGAUCUGCCCCACGGCUUCGUUUAUGAAGAUGAAAACGGAAAAUUUGCUUACAAAUGCUGUGAUAAGAGAUUCGUGAAGUCAGAAUUACACGAGCAUAUUUCUGUAGCACAAUCUACUCCCGAUGCGGAAAUAUUACGAUUGCCAGUCGAAUGUCUAAUAAACAUAUUCAGAUGCCUCACACCAAAUCAACUGAUAAAUACAUCACGAGUGUGCCGCAAAUUCAAGGCUAUGGUCGAAAAAGAGUUCGAACUACAUUUUGAUCCAGGGCCAAUUCAGAUCACAACCGGUAAAAUAAAAAUACACCAGGAAUGGGAGCCUCGGCGUGCGACGCGAUGGCUGCCAAAGAAACCAAUGACACACGAGAGUGGCAAAUGUCGCGUAAAAUGUGACUUUGUCUUUAAGUCAAAGUAUCAACUAGCUUUUUCUUCGUUGAUUCGACGGCUGGAGGUACCAUGGCCAAAUUUGAAUGGUGUGGGAUAUGACAAAGUGUUUCAGUUUAUACGGGCGAACUGUUCCAAGGAAUUGAUUUCACUCUCUUUCUCCGAUUACCGCUCGUCAUUGAUGGGCGACUCAUUUGAAUUUGAUCGCCGAAUUUACGGUGAAAUUGCCAGAGAUCAACUGAAGCAUUUGAAACAUUUGCGAGUGAAAGAGGUUUCAUUUCAGUAUCUCUACGAUGAAUUGUUGCAGUACACCGAACACUUGAAAACUCUGAAUGUCAUACACCAUUGCGACCCAAGAUGUUAUCUUAGUGAAUUCCGAUGUAAACAUUCUCAUCAAGAUUGUGCGAAUAUGACCCACACGCACCCAGUACUGCCAUGUCCACAUUUUGAUAGUGAGUGGACGAACCACACGUACCCUGAAUUGGAAUCGAUUUGUGUCCAUACUUCCGACAAUCAAUUCGAUUUGAUGCCCAUGAUACGGCGCCAUCCCAAACUAAGGAGCGUUGCCUGCAAUAGUCUAGCAACAAUUCGAAGUAUAUUCCAGUCGGAUGUCACAUUCAAGUACGUUGCAAUCAUUUUUACAAUGGGCGAUAGAUACCAGGGUAUUAGGUCGUUACACAAUGAUAUCGUAAAGUUUGGACAAUCUAAGAGAUUUGAAAAAUUCGAAGUGGCCUUAAAUGGACGAUGUCCAUCAGAGAUACACCGCAUCGAAAUGAUACCCAAUUUGACCGGUUUGCAUCCAGACUAUUCCAUUCUUUUUGAUAAGCAAUACAUUACUCAACUGCCGCAUAUCGAGAAAUUAUGCUUUCUAAACCAUAAUACGAAUUUCCGAGAAGCUGCAGAUGGGACGAUGUCGUUGAGAUAAAUUUGAUUCGUUCACAAAGACCGAAUCCAUUCAAAAUUACUUUCUACUUGGACCCCGAACACUUUCAUAAAUUCGACCAAAAUGUCGUCGAACUUCCAUUCAUUGCGGUUAAGCCUUGGGUUCAUGGUGGGUGUCAGAUUUGC